AUGAUGAUACUAAUUACUUUAACUGCAUCUUUAAUUAUUCAAGCAUAUAUACAUGAAGAGAGUCUCUUUACAUUUGCAUCAAGCAAUUCAGCGCCCAAUUUCAUUGAGCUAGCGGCGAGAAAUGGCUUCGAAGCUGAAAAACAUGAUGUCGUAACAGAGGAUGGAUAUAUCCUUGGAUUAUUCCACAUUCGUGGAAAUCGAGGGCUUCCUAUAUUUCUCAUGCACGCAUUAACAGAUACAAGUGAUACUUGGCUACUUAGAGGAAACACAUCGCUUGGCGCAACGCUAGCCCGACUAGGAUAUGACAUUUGGUUUGGCAACGUCCGUGGGAAUCGGUACUCAAGACGUCACAUCACACUCAAUCCAGAUAGAGACCCUACGUUUUGGAAUUUCUCCUUUCACGAACAUGGGUAUUAUGAUCUUCCAGCAAUAAUAAAUACAAUAUUGAAGAAAACAGGUGCACCAAAAUUAAAUGCAAUUGGGCAUUCUCAAGGUAAUACUGUGUUUUACGUAUUGGGAUCCACGAAACCUGAAUAUAAUGACAAAGUGAACAUUCUUAUUGCUCUUGCACCCAUUUGCUACUUUGAUCAUAUCCCUCUACCAUUAUCUGCUAUAAUAGAAAUUGCCCCAAUAAUAAACGCUAAAGCUAUAGCUUUAGGUGAAACUGAGAUUUUUGGUGAUGUCUCAACUACUGGGAAAUUAUAUAAUUUAAUUUGCAGACAAUUUGUAUUUCGAUAUAAAAUUUGCACUUUAGGUGUUCUGUUUCCUCUUUUUGGUUAUGAUAUACAAGAAUUUGGUCCCAAAUACAAUGAUAUAGUAUCAAAACAUUUCCCAUCGAGCACUACGAGAAUGAAUUUGUAUCACUUUGCUCAAGUAGCACUUGGACAUCGUUUCGCGAGGUAUGACUUUGGACCUGAUAAAAAUAUCAGAGUAUAUAACUCAACCAUACCCCCCAACUAUGAUUUAAAGAAAGUGACCAUGCCUGUAGUUUUGGUUGUUGGGAAAAACGAUAAAGUGUCGACGUUAGCCGAUGUAGCCACUUUGAGAGCGAAGUUGCCAAAUGUCAAGAAAUAUAUCCUCAUUGAAAUGGAGUGUAUGAACCAUUUGGACUUUGUGUGGGGAGAACAUAUGGCAGACUACUUAUUUCCACAUAUUCUUAGUAUACUGGAAGGCUGCGAC